CUGUCUGGCCUGCUAGAUCAACCCCAACCCAGAACAGAGGCCCUGGGCCAGUGCUAAGCCAAAAGCACGCACAGUGGUCAUCCCAAAGCCGUUUUUCAUCGUGUGGGUUCCGUUUUUGUUUCUAGAAAUCACUGUAGGUCUGAAGAUGCUGGGGCUGAAUCCUGCCUUGUCAGAGAAAUCGCUUCAUGAGUAUCCUUUCUCUCAGGUGGUUUCCCUAGAAAUCCUGGUGCCGAAUUCUCUGGAUCCCCAUCUGUCAGGGCUCUUCUCCCUUUCCGUCUUUCCUCUUUCGUGCUGGAAGAAGCUGGGCCAAGGCCCUCCAGAACUAUGGCCGCUCUUUCCAAACACCCAUCUCCCCUUCUCUCUUUUCUCCCAGGCGACGCAAAUGGGGGGAGGCCCCCCACACCCUCCCGAGCAGACAGCACCUCCCCCACAGCCAGCGGCCUCUCCUUCGCCCCCUCCCCCCUCGGCCCCCCAAAGUGGACCGGAGGGGAUCCCGGCUGGCCUGGGAAGCGGUAGCCGUGGUGGCGCCUCAGCAGAUGCUUUGCCUCCGGAGUUCUUCACCAGCGUGGUCCAGGGGGUGCUUUCCUCCAUGAUGGGCUCCCUCAGUGCCCAGCAGGGCAGCACGGAGAGCAUUGCCGACUUCAUCCAGCGCCUGAGUGGCACCAGCAACAUCUUUGAGCCAGGCACAGAGGGUGCUCUGGGCUUCUUUGGAGACCUGCUGUCUUUGAUCUGCCAGAACUUCUCCAUGGUCGACAUGGUGAUGCUGCUUCACGGCCAGUUUCAGCCGCUGCAGCGGAUUCAGCCCCAGCUGAGCCGCUUCUUCCGGGAAGAGUACCUGCAUGGCCAGGAGCCCACCGACCGCAACGUCCGGAUGGCCACGUACAAUUUGAUUAAUGGCUUGGAGGAGUAUGUCCGGGAGAGUUUUGCCUCUGUCCAAGUUCACGAUGGGGUUGACAUUACCCGCACCAAUCUGGAGUUCCUGCAGGAACAGUUCAACCGCAUUGCCACGCAUAUCUUGCACUGCACUGAUCACACCUUCGGAUACCGACUGCUUGAGCUGUGUAACCAGGGCCUCUUCGAGUGCUUGGCGCUGAAUCUUUACUGCUUGCGAGGGGAGCAGACGGCCCUCACCACAGUCAUCAAUGACCGUAUUAGGCGGAUGUCAGCAGACAUGAACCCGUCCUUGGUGAGCUGGCUCACCACUAUGAUGAGUAUGCGCUUGCAGGUCAUCCUGGAGCACAUGCCAGUCACAGAGGAACAGAUCUUGCCAUAUGUCCGCAGGGUGGGCGACCUCCCACAGCCUGCUCCUGAAGAGCCCAUGGACCUCCAGGUGGCAGAGCAGCCUCCAGAGACCUUGCAGCGAGAUACUGCAGCGUCCCCAGCCCCAGCCACCACAGCAGAGGAAGCUAUGCCCCAGCAGCGAGGAGGGGAGCCGGAACAUGAGGAAUUGCAGCAAGGGGAGCCCCCUGCGCCUGAUGUGGAGCCCUGGGCCGCUGCUGUGCCCCCCGAGUGGGUGCCCAUCAUCCGGGAGGACAUCCAGAGCCAGCGCAAGCUCAAGCAACAGCCUCCCCUCAGUGACGCUUAUCUGAGCGGCAUGCCAGCUAAGCGGCGCAAGACAAUGCAGGGUGAUGGCCCCCCGUUACUUCUGUCAGAGGCCGUCAACAAAGCUGCGAGAGUAGCCGGAGUGAAACCUUUGACGAGUGCUGAGAGUCUGAACCGAGACCUUGCUGAACCGGCGUUGCAAGAUAGCUACCAGCAGCAGUUGAAAUCUGAUCUGCAGGAGAGACUUCAGACUGAUCCCAGUUUCACUCCUCAACGGUUUCCCAGUGCCCAGCAGGCCUUUGUGGCUGAGGACUUGUAAGAGGGGCUGUCCAGAAACGCCUGGGGCCGAGGCCGGUUCUUAAAGGCUGGCCUUGCCACUGUUUGUGCGUCACGCAGACACCCACUCCUUUCUCAGGCCAAAUAUUUAAAUUCCUUUCCAUUUAUUUUCCCCCAUGGUUGCAGUGACUUUUCUUCCCCUGUGGAGUGCCCAAGCUGCUGCCAAAAUCAAUAAAUAAAACCACAUGUCCAGGA